AUGCACGAUAAAAAAGAAAUUCAAGAUGAACAAGGAGUGCAAGAUAAGCAAGAAACACUUACACAAUCACAAUCCAUCGACUCGUCGAUGUCAGGUCAAAACUCGCGUCAAGGUUCUCGUGCUGCCUCAAGAGCUCCGUCACGCUCAUCAUCAAGAGCUGGAUCACGUGCAGUUUCACCAUCUAAUACACCAGUUCCAUUAUCACGUACUAACUCUUCUAGUAGAAUGAAGUCUGAUCUUCCAUCUACACCAGAGUCACCUGACAUAACUAAAACUGGCGAUACGUCAUUUGCACGUUUAGCUAGCCAAUUAGUUGCAAUGAUUAAACAAGCAGAAGAAGCUGUUGAGGUACCCGUAAGAGGUCGUGAAACAAAGCCAAGACAACCUUCUAAUGCUAGCGAAACAUCACAACUUGAUUUCGAUAAUUUUUUAAAUGAUCUUGACACCUAUUUAGAGGAGGAUGGCGAAGAAGUUGCUGGGGAAGGCUUAAUAAAACCAUCAUCAAAGGAAAACACUGAUUUAAUACAAGACCGCAAGAAAGAAAAGAGAGUAGGUCACAGUAAACAAAAAAGCAGGCAAGAGGAGGAAUUUCAACAAAGUUUAGAUGUUUUUGCAAAAAAUUUUAACAACAUUCUUGCAGAGAUUGAACACGAAGUAGGAGGAAAUGACGAUGCUAAUAUUCUUAACGGCGAGAUCAUGCCUCCAAAUAUGUUGUCAUCACAAUAUAUUGAUCCAAUAAAUCAUCCAAGUGAAGAUCUGGCAGACUUGGAUGAUUUUGCACAACAAUGUCGUCUACUCACUCGAGCACUUAUACUUCCAUUUUUACUCUUCUAA